UUUCCGCGGCCCCCUCCCUCUCCCUCUCCAGGUCCCCAAGCUGUUCGGUUUAGGGCUUCUUCGAGGUUUAGAUGUUAGCAAGUUCCUUCCCGGUCCUCCUGUAACCCCAACCCCUCUCCCUUCCAGCCCACCUCGCACCCCCAGCCUACUCUUGUGAGUCAAGAUGAACUUCGUAAAAAACUCUACCAGACAUUUAAGGAACGAGGAUUGCUGGAUAAGAUUAAGACCCAACUUCGGCAGCAAAUGAUACAAGAAUUACUACAGCCUGUGAUACAAGGUGAAGUCCAACCGCAGCCCAUCCAAGUGGAAGGGAACUCGCAGUCAGUGGACGCAUCCAACAUUCUGGUGGCUGAUCACCUACAACAAUGUGGUUAUGACUAUACCCUUUCUGUUUUCUAUCCAGAAAGUGGCUUGACCAGAGAAAAGGUAUUUACUAUGGAAGAUCUCUUAGAACUCAUUCAAGUCAGUCCUCAUUCCAGUCUUUACAAAUCAUUGAUUUCAGGAUUUGAUAAAGAAAAUAACAAAGGUUUUAUAGUGCACUUUUUAAAGGAUUUGGCAGCAAAUUUCAAGCCGAAAGAACAAUGUCAUGUUGGAACUCAGACCAGUUUACUGCUUAACAAAGAUUCUCUUGCGGAAAAAUUUCAACGUAUUGAUGACCAGUUUUCGGAUACUUGUGUUGCACGCCCUCAGCUGGGCUCUUUAGAAACUAAACUCAAUGAAUACAAGCGAGAAAUCGAAGAACAGCUGCGCAUAGAAAUGAAUGAAAAGUUGAUAUAUUUGAAAGAGACCGAAAUUGCAAAGAUUAAAAUGGAAGAGAGACGAAAGUUUGUGACGGAAUUUACCAACAUCCGGAGAGAAUUUGAACAGUCCUAUCAAGUUAAAUCGGAAGCGAUGCUUUCUCAGGAAAGGAAGACAGCUGAAAAAAUUCAGAGGCAGCAUGAGUUCGAAAGAAGAGAAAUCUUUGCUGAACGGCAAGUUCUGUUGAAAGACAUGGCUACGCUCAGAGAACGAGAAGAAGAACUGAGAAAGAGAAUUGAAGCUUUUGAGUUGACCCAGAAAUUAAAAGAUGAAGAGCGCAAAAGCAUGACCGAGGCAAUCACAAAACGGGAACAGCAACUAAAGAUGAUGGAGGAUUCUUAUGAUGAAAAACUAAAGAAUGAGAUUAUAAAGUAUCAGCUUGAACUGAAGACCAAGUACAUCGCUAAAUCCAAUCAACUGAUAGAGGACGAAAAGCGCUAUCAAGAAAGAGCUUCACAUUUGGAGAAGGAGCUGUCAAAUAUAAAAUCAAACAAUGAAGAACUCAGUAACGCCAAAAAGCGUGCUAAAGAACUGGAGCUCGAGCUGGAGACGGCCAGGGCCCAGGUCCGGGCACUCACCGAGCAGAACCGAAAGCUGAACGAUAAGGCAAAGUGUCAGUUCAGCUACUCGAUGCUCAAGGAGGAGAACCUAUCGCUGCAGGCCCAGAACAGGCGCCUGCAGCAGGACCUAGUGGAGAGCAGAAAUGAGAACACACGUAUCCUCAACCAAAUAGCAAGGUCAUCUGAGGUGAGAACUAUGCCUCAUGACCUUCCCAGAUCAGAAAUGCUGGAUGACCAUCCCAGACCAGGAACUUCCAGCGAAUCUGGGCACAGGAGCAUGGAAAGCCACAGGCAAAAGCUACACAGGAAACUGCAAAGUGAGCUCGAGAACUCUGUGAAAUUGAAGAGCAAGUUAUUGAAUUAUGAUUCUUCUGUGAAAAAGCUAACUGCACAAGUUACUGAUUUAAAAUUGCAUCUGAGAGAAACUCAAGCAGCUUUGGAAAAUGAGAUGUUUCAGAACCCAAAGGAGGAAAAGGAAUCUGGUUCCGCUGGUGAAUUGACAAGCACCACGCUGCCUCUCAAUCCUGACACAAGUGGGCAUCCCCAGGACCAGAACAAUCUGGGGGAGGCAACAGCAAGCACAGAAAAGGGUGUCAAGAGCCACAACUCCCACGCAGCUGAUUUGGACUUUAUGACUUCCACCAAGUCUCGGAUGAAAACGCUGGAGGAGGAAGCUGAAAAACUGGAAGUAGCUUUUCAGAACUAUAACAUCCGUACCAGCCAACAGAUGGCAAACAGUAUAGUACAUGAAAAUGACCCAGACCUGAUACUCUUAAUGCAAAACAUGCCAGCAUCUCAUCGGAGACAUGCUCUUGAAGGCAGCAGACUGUGGUCUGAGUCAUUCCCAGGCAACCAGAUGGGUGAGGUGCCAGCAAUCACUGCUAUGCCCUCUCGGCGGCGGAGCAUUGCCUCCCGCCACCUGUCCUCCCUGCCUUUACUGGAUAUUACCAAAAGCUUGGAAGAAGGCCUUUAUCAGGAAGGUAACGCACCAUCUUAUGGGAUUGCCACAGAUCCUUGUAUGGACAGCAUGCUGAGGGCCUCACCUUUGGCAGCAGAAGACAACUCUGCCAACCAUUCUCUGGAAGCCGGCGCUAGUGGUUUUCAAAGACCCAGCGAACUUGAAGACAAUAACGAAUUUCCGAAUCUGGACGAUCUAGAUGUUAUGGAUAGAGAGGAAUUCGAUUCUUUUGAAUAUGGAAGGAACUUUCCCGGACCAUUUGAUUCUGUUGGGUUCUACCCCGCUGGCGACAUGCCACAACUGGAUUCUACCAUUGCUAUUCAUCCUGCCGGCGACAUGUCUUACAUGGAUUCUGCUGCCACUGCAGCCUCUUUCCACUACACAAAGUUUAUUCGAAGGCUCUGGUGUGGACUGGUGCUCUAUGGAACCUUUCCCAAGGAAUCCCAACUGGAACUCAUUAAGGUAGUGCUGAAGAAGGACUCGGAGGAAGAAAGGUUUCCUGUGGAAACUUCUGGAUGCUCUUCCCCAUGUCCAGAACGGAGUGCAGAACAACGGGAGGAGGAGGAACGGCUGUGGGCACAGCAGAUGAGGGAGCGUCGGCUGAAAGAGGAAAAAAGACAUAGCGAACGGCAAGAGGCCCUGGAGAAGGAGCGAAGAGAACUGAAUAGGCUGGAGGAGGAGCGGAAGUUUAUUGAAAAAACCCUGAAUCUCAAGAUAGAGGAAGAAAGUGAAGCCAGUGAACCAGAAAGUAAAGAAGAGUCUGCUAGUGGUGCCAGCCCGCUAGAUAAAUACAUGAAGAUCAUUCAGAAGACUAAGGAGGAGGAAGAUAAAGUUAAGAAAGCAAAAAAGAAGACAAAAGAAAACUCUGAAGUUGACGCAGCACAGUCUAGUGAUAAGGAUGGAAGCUUUACAGGUUUUUCUCAUGAGGAAGUGGAUGACUUCUGGUAAUCGUUUGGUCUACAGCCAACUGUUCCUGUAGAAGUAAACUACAUAAAUGAUCUGUAGUGAGGUAGAACUAGCAAUAAAAACUGUGCCUGAGAUACUGUGUGA